AUGAACAAGCUGUACAUCGGCAACCUCAACGAGAGCGUGACCCCCGCGGACUUGGAGAAAGUGUUUGCGGAGCACAAGAUCUCCUACAGCGGCCAGUUCUUGGUCAAGUCCGGCUAUGCCUUCGUGGACUGCCCCGACGAGCACUGGGCCAUGAAGGCCAUCGAAACUUUCUCGGGGAAAGUUGAAUUGCAAGGAAAACGCCUAGAGAUUGAACACUCAGUCCCCAAAAAACAAAGGAGUCGGAAAAUCCAGAUUCGAAAUAUCCCACCGCAGCUCCGUUGGGAAGUGCUGGAUAGCCUGCUUGCUCAAUACGGUACGGUGGAGAAUUGCGAGCAAGUGAAUACCGAGAGUGAGACCGCAGUGGUGAAUGUCACCUACUCCAACCGGGAACAGACCAGGCAAGCCAUUAUGAAGCUGAAUGGCCACCAGCUGGAGAACCACGCCUUGAAGGUCUCCUACAUUCCUGACGAGCAGAUAGCACAGGGGCCUGAGAACGGGCGCCGAGGAGGCUUUGGCUCCCGGGGUCAGCCCCGCCAGGGCUCCCCUGUGGCCGCGGGGGCCCCGGCCAAGCAGCAGCAAGUGGACAUCCCCCUGCGGCUCCUGGUGCCCACCCAGUAUGUGGGUGCCAUCAUUGGCAAGGAGGGGGCCACCAUCCGAAACAUCACGAAACAGACCCAGUCCAAGAUAGAUGUGCAUAGGAAGGAGAACGCAGGCGCUGCGGAGAAGGCCAUCAGUGUCCACUCGACCCCUGAGGGCUGCUCCUCUGCGUGUAAGAUGAUCCUGGAGAUUAUGCACAAGGAAGCAAAGGACACCAAAACGGCUGACGAGGUUCCCCUGAAGAUCCUGGCCCAUAAUAACUUUGUGGGGCGGCUCAUUGGCAAGGAAGGGCGCAACCUGAAGAAGGUGGAGCAGGACACGGAGACGAAAAUCACCAUUUCUUCGCUGCAGGACCUCACCCUCUACAACCCCGAGAGGACCAUCACCGUGAAGGGGGCCAUCGAGAACUGCUGCAGGGCAGAGCAGGAGAUCAUGAAGAAGGUCCGGGAGGCCUAUGAGAACGACGUGGCUGCCAUGAGCCUGCAGUCGCACCUCAUCCCAGGCCUGAACUUGGCGGCUGUGGGUCUUUUCCCAGCCUCGUCCAGUGCGGUGCCGCCCCCGCCCAGCAGUGUCACUGGAGCGGCUCCCUACAGCUCCUUUAUGGUAGGUGCCAGCUCCCAUUCCAGGGGACCCUUCCUUCUGUGGCCUCCCUUCGGGCCCAGCCCCCACGCCAUGUCCCAGCAGCAGGCUCCGGAGCAGGAGAUGGUGCAGGUGUUCAUCCCCGCGCAGGCGGUGGGUGCCAUCAUCGGGAAGAAGGGCCAGCACAUCAAACAGCUCUCCCGCUUCGCCAGCGCCUCCAUUAAGAUUGCUCCUCCCGAAACUCCCGACUCCAAAGUCCGUAUGGUCAUCAUCACUGGACCCCCGGAGGCCCAAUUCAAGGCUCAGGGAAGAAUUUAUGGAAAACUCAAGGAGGAGAACUUCUUUGGUCCCAAGGAGGAAGUAAAGCUGGAGACCCACAUCCGGGUGCCGGCGUCCGCUGCUGGCAGGGUUAUUGGCAAAGGCGGCAAAACGGUGAACGAGUUGCAGAAUUUGACCGCAGCCGAGGUGGUAGUGCCAAGAGACCAGACCCCGGAUGAGAACGACCAGGUCAUCGUCAAGAUCAUCGGGCAUUUUUACGCCAGCCAGAUGGCACAGCGGAAGAUUCGAGACAUCCUGGCCCAAGUGAAGCAGCUGCACCAAAAGGGACAGAGUAACCAGGCCCAGGCACGGAGGAAGUGACCAGCCCCCCUCCCUGUGGCGGCGACUCAAGGACAACGGGCUGAAAUCGAGAGCGCGUUCUCCCCAGCAGGCCUGAGAAUGAGUGGGAAUCAGGGACUCGUGGGCCGGGAUGUAGAUCAGGUUUGCCCACUUGGAUCGAGGAAGGAUGUUCCAGUGAGGAACCCUGAUCCCUCGGCCCACACGCCCAACCAAUUGGCCCGACACUGCCCCACCCCUCAGGGUGUCACCGUGGAAAUUCUAGCUCAGGGUGCUUUUAAACGUGGAUUGUUUAAGUAAGGUCUCCAGGUCCCGCCAAGAGAG